AUGAAGUGCAUCUGCAUUGAUGGUAGUUUUAUUAGUCAUGAGCGCAAUCCACUCAAAACUACCUUGUCACGAUCAAAAUUCAAGUUUUUCUUCUCCCAGUUCCUUCAUAUUUUCCCCCCUUCUACCUUCCAGAAGUAUCAUUAUCAAGAUGAGGAUGUGCCACAUGACCAUACUUUACCUCGUUUAACCCAUGAAGUGAGAGGUCCAGAAUUAGUCCACGUUUCUGAAAAGAACUUAUCGCAGAUAGAAAACGUCCACGGAUAUGUCCUACAGUCGCACAUCUCACCUCUGAAGGCCAGUCCUGCUCCUAUUAUUGUCAAUACAGAUACGUUGGACACGAUCCCUUACGUCAACGGCACAGAGAUUGAAUAUGAAUUUGAAGAAAUUACAUUGGAAAGGGGCAAUUCUGGCCUGGGGUUCAGUAUCGCUGGAGGAACAGAUAACCCACAUAUCGGGGAUGAUCCCGGAAUAUUUAUUACUAAGAUAAUACCAGGAGGAGCUGCCGCAGAGGAUGGAAGACUCAGAGUCAAUGAUUGCAUUUUGCGGGUGAAUGAGGUCGACGUAUCCGAAGUUUCACAUAGCAAAGCUGUUGAGGCGCUGAAGGAAGCCGGCUCCAUCGUACGACUCUAUGUCCGCCGGAGGAGACCUAUUCUGGAGACUGUGGUGGAAAUUAAACUGUUCAAAGGGCCCAAAGGCCUGGGAUUCAGCAUUGCCGGAGGUGUAGGAAACCAGCACAUUCCUGGUGACAACAGCAUCUAUGUCACAAAAAUUAUUGAUGGUGGAGCAGCGCAAAAGGACGCACGGUUGCAUGUUGGAGACAGGCUUCUUAUGGUAAACAAUUACAGUUUAGAAGAAGUCACCCACGAAGAAGCAGUAGCAAUAUUGAAGAACACAUCGGAUGUAGUCUAUUUAAAAGUGGGGAAGCCAACCACCAUCUAUAUGACCGACCCUUAUGGCCCUCCAGAUAUUACUCAUCCUUAUUCCCCACAAAUGGAAAACCACAUCCUGUCUUCUGGCAACAACGGCACUUUAGAAUACAAGACUUCUAUGGCCCCCAUCUCACCUGGAAGAUACUCACCUAUCCCAAAGCACAUGCUAGUGGAAGAUGACUACCCCAGGCCUCCUGAACCCGUUUACAGCACUGUGAACAAAUUCUGUGAUAAGCCACCUUCUCCUAGGCAUUAUUCCCCUGUCGAGUGUGACAAAAGCUUCCUCCUUUCAGCUCCCUACCCCCACUACCACAUAGGCCUGCUCCCUGACUCUGAAAUCAUCAGUCAUUCCAGGCAUGGUUCCAUAACCCAGCUUCCCACUGUGAACAUCCAGAGGACCAUGUCACUAGAAGGGGAGCCUCGGAAGGUUGUCUUACAUAAGGGCUCGACGGGGCUCGGUUUUAACAUUGUAGGAGGAGAAGACAGGGAAGGGAUCUUUGUCUCCUUCAUCCUAGCAGGUGGGCCAGCUGACCUCAGCGGUGAACUUCAGAGGGGAGACCAAAUUUUGUCUGUCAACGGGAUUGAUCUUCGUGGUGCUACACAUGAACAAGCGGCCGCAGCCCUCAAAGGAGCAGGCCAGGUGGUGACCAUUAUAGCACAAUACCAGCCUGAAGAGUACGCUCGAUUUGAGGCCAAAAUCCAUGAUCUGCGCGAACAGAUGAUGAAUCACAGCAUGAGUUCCGGGUCAGGCUCCCUGCGAACCAAUCAAAAGCGUUCUCUCUAUGUCAGUUUCAACAAGCAGAGCAAAAGCAUAGGUAGCAACAGCAUCUCAUUGUCAUUCAAUGACAAGCGUAAAAAGAACCUCAUCUUUUCACGAAAAUUCCCAUUCUACAAGAGCAAGGAGAUCUGUGAGCAGGACUCCAGUGACCCGGAACGAGGACAGGAGGACUGCAUUCUCUCCUAUGAACCCGUUACACGGCAGGAAAUUAAUUAUACCAGGCCAGUUAUUAUCCUCGGCCCAAUGAAAGAUCGGAUAAAUGAUGAUUUGAUAUCUGAGUUCCCUGACAAAUUCGGCUCCUGCGUCCCACAUACCACCCGACCGAAGCGCGAUUAUGAAGUGGACGGUAGAGAUUACCACUUCGUCAUCUCCAGAGAACAAAUGGAAAAGGACAUUCAAGAGCACAAAUUCAUCGAAGCUGGCCAGUAUAACGAUAAUCUGUAUGGAACGAGUGUGCAGUCCGUGCGAUUUGUAGCCGAAAGGGGCAAGCACUGUAUCCUGGAUGUAUCGGGAAAUGCAAUUAAACGGCUUCAAGUUGCACAACUGUACCCUAUUGCCAUCUUCAUUAAGCCUAGAUCGUGGGAGCCUUUGAUGGAAAUGAAUAAACGUCUCACGGAGGAACAGGCCAAGAAAACGUAUGAUCGCGCCAUGAAAUUAGAACAAGAAUUUGGAGAAUAUUUUACAGCAAUUGUCCAAGGAGAUACCUUAGAAGAUAUAUAUAACCAAACCAAACUCGUGAUCGAAGAACAAUCGGAUUCCUUCAUAUGGAUUCCUUCCAAGGAAAAACUAUAAAGUCACCGACCCACCUCUGAUCGCAACGGAGAAGUAUUUAGAAGAAAAAUUUAAUCCUAACUUAUUUGGAAGCUUCGGGGAGGGCUGGGGUGGGGAAGGGGGGGAAGUUACUUUCACAUUUCUUGCUGUCAAUGUGAUUAUUAUUAUUCUUAUUUUCUGAAAGUACAACACAAACUGUCGGAAGCCAUGAAGGACACUUGAUUUGGUCAUAAAAGGGGAAGGAAAAGAAAGAAAGAACAAUUUUUUUAAAAAAAAAACAAGAAAAAAAAACAAGUCUACCAUAUUAAAUCUCUCACACACACACACACACACACAUGCAUACACACACACAAAGUGUACAAACUGUUCUGCGUGCUCAGCUUUGCAAGGAUGAACCCAGAGGCAGAAAUGACCAGAUUGCUGAAAUGGCUCAGCUCAGUGGGUUUCUUGGCAGUUAAAAAAAAACCCAAAAUCUCCUGGGUGUCUUAAUCCUACAGGAUGUAUCCUUUGAGUAAAACGGAUGUGAAGACAAGCCCUCCCUAACACACCUCCGGAGGAAGAGCUGAACAGCCUGUAGCUUUACGGAACCUCAUCCAUAAGCCACCGGACUCUGCUAAGACCUUGAAUGCUUUUAUUAUGAUCAAUUUUCCCAGAUGUUGGAUUGGAGGCUUCCUUGGAUCAUCAUACAUCUGCAUUUGCAGCACCUCGACUUUCAUAUAACUAUGCAUAUCUCUCCUUCCUGCCCCUCCUCCCCGUCCCAGUCCAAUCUGGAGCAUAAUUUCUCCCCCCUCUCAAUUCCAAACCCCCACCGUUGCAUCUGGAUCUUACUCAUUCGAUGAGAUUUGAUGGGAAGGAAAGCUUUCAUAUUGAAGUGCGUUCACACAUGAACACGCAACAUUCAGGGUACUUAAAACGUGACCAAGAAGAAGGGUACAAUUGUGUGGGGGAGGGAGGGAGGGAGGGGGAAAGCUUGACAUUUUAUUUUAAUUAUAUCUAUAUUAUCAUUUAUAUGAAGAUAGAAGGCACUUAAGAGAUGGGAUAAUUUAUUAAAGAAUCUAUAUUGAUGUAUAGGCGCUAAUUUCUAUAGGUAACAAAAUAUUUUGUGAGACGUUUUGUAAAGAUUAAGUCGUCGAAAGGUGAAUUACGUUGCACCUGGGCGGGCAGGAGAAUGCAAAAGGUGAAUUUUCAAUUUGCACUAUUUCAUUCUUUCUUUUUUUCCCCAGUAGAUUUCUUAAGGAUUUUGACUUCUAUAUGUUCGUCCUCUUUUGUUUGAAUUUAGGAAUUUAGGUCUCAUGUUUUCCUAUUUUAUUUUAGAUAAGAAAAAUUUACUUUGCAUAAUACACCUAAAAUGCACUUAGUACAAAAUUAUAUAUAUAUAUAUAUAUAUAUAUAUAUAUAUAUAUAUAUAUAUAUAUAUAUAUAUAUAUAUAUAUAUAUAUAUAUAUAUAUAUAUAUAUAUAUAUAUAGUCCCACUUCACCCUCAUUUCCCUCACUCCCAUAAAUAAACUAUUGGGGCAGUUUGAAUGUAAUUUUUGGUUUAUUUUUUUCUAAUUAAGCAGCUGCCAUUAUAAAACCUCUUACCAGCUUUUCCAUAAUGGUUGCUAAAAUGCCAGUAAUUGGUCCAAAGUAGUUGGUAAAGUUCUAAACAAAAUAUUACACUUCAGAAGCAGAUUU